CAAAGUAGUUUAGAGGCCGUAUUAAUUUAAUUUAACAUUUAACUCAGAAACACGCAUUAGGGGCCGUUCAGACCGAACGCGUUCUUGCGCUAAAAAAAAAAAAAGACGCAGCGCAACGAAUAUGACAGAACGCAGGUGUCUCGAGACGCGUUUUUUUUUAAAGUGACACGGUGUCUAAAAACCGCGGCACUCCAGCACGAGACUAUGCGCACCGUUUAGAAACGUCCGUUUAGCGCAUACGACGGAUGCAAAAACGAGUUUGAUGUGAACGGCCCCUUACGCAAGGUUGAGAGAAAACGCAGUUGUCAAGCGAGGAUCUGAAAUGUAGAAAGUUACUUAUGUUGAUUGAUGCCCUGACUGGUUGUGGGAUCACAGUCAUAUUUAUCACUAGUUCAGAUUAGUAGUGUUUAAACAGUUCUGUGGCAGUGAUAUUAGACUGGUCUUGCUCACCCCAAAUGACCUCAACGGCUAUGCGGCAAAUUAAAUGUGGGAGGUUUCGUAGUGAAUACACUCUAAUUUAACGCUCGCGUCAGUAAUUGUAUCUCUUCCUCUCACUUUAUGUCAUUUGGCUCUGGUCUGAAGCUGCUGCGCAAGUGACUCCGUCGCUCCGCGCGUGCCGAUGGCUGUGUACGCAGAGUAAUGUAAACGAAACAGCGGUGGGACAACAUGACUAUCCCGAAAGACAUCCCGGAGAAGUGGUUUCCAAUCAUUCUCCCUCUGAAAAGGAAGAAAGAGGGAUUAUCCAGCUCUACAAUAAUAAGAAAAGGAGCAGAGGAGGAAAGGAGAGUCCGAGCCAAUGAUAGAGAGUACAAUGAGAAGUUUCAGUAUGCUAGCAAUUGCAUCAUGACCUCAAAGUACAACAUCAUCACCUUCCUACCAGUCAACCUGUUUGAGCAGUUCCAAGAAGUUGCCAACACCUACUUCCUGUUUCUCCUCAUACUGCAGUUGAUUCCACAGAUUUCCUCGUUGUCCUGGUUCACCACCAUUGUGCCUUUAGUGCUGGUGUUGAGCAUCACUGCAGUCAAAGAUGCCACUGAUGACUAUUUUCGUCACAAGAGUGACAACCAGGUGAAUAACCGUCAGUCUCAGGUCCUUAUCAGUGGCAUUCUUCAGAAGGAGAAAUGGAUGAAUGUCAGAGUGGGUGACAUCAUCAAACUGGAGAACAAUCAAUUUGUGGCAGCUGACCUGCUGCUGUUGUCCAGUAGUGAACCUCAUGGUCUGUGUUACAUUGAGACUGCAGAACUGGAUGGCGAGACAAACAUGAAGGUGCGUCAGUCUCUGUCUGUUACCUCAGAGCUGGGAGAUCCUAAUAAUCUGGCACAGUUUGAUGGAGAAGUGGUGUGUGAGCCUCCCAACAACAAGCUAGAUCGUUUCUGUGGGACUUUGUAUUGGAAAGACUGUAAAUACCCCCUUAGCAACCAAAACAUGCUGCUCCGCGGCUGCGUACUGCGCAACACAGAGAGCUGCUACGGCCUAGUUAUAUUCGCAGGUCCCGACACCAAGCUGAUGCAAAAUAGUGGCUGCACCAAGUUCAAGCGGACCAGUAUAGACCGGCUGAUGAACACACUGGUGCUAUGGAUUUUUGGGUUCCUAGUGUGUAUGGGAGUGAUCUUGGCCAUAGGGAAUGCGGUCUGGGAAAAGGAGGUGGGCUCUCUUUUUCAGAGUUUCCUCCCCUGGGACCCUCCCGUGGACAACUUCCUGUUCUCUGCGUUCCUCUCGUUCUGGUCCUAUGUCAUCAUCCUCAACACAGUUGUGCCCAUCUCCCUCUACGUCAGUGUGGAGGUGAUUCGUUUAGGUCACAGUUACUUCAUUAAUUGGGACCGGCGGAUGUUCUGUAGCCAUAGUAACACUGCAGCAGAGGCCAGAACAACCACACUAAAUGAAGAGCUGGGACAGGUGGAGUACAUCUUCAGUGACAAGACAGGAACCCUCACGCAGAACAUUAUGACCUUCAACAAGUGCUCCAUCAACGGCCAUGCAUAUGGUGAAGUAAUAGAUAUCCUAGGAUCUCAACAAAAGAGAUCACAGCCCCUGGACUUCAGUGCGUGGAACCCCUUAGCAGACCGGGACUUCUGUUUCUAUGACCAGUCUCUGCUCGAAGCAGUAAUGGUGGGAGAACCAGCAGUGCAUGAAUUCUUCCGAGUGCUGUCUCUCUGCCACACGGUCAUGAGUGAGGAAAAGAGCGAGGGAGAGCUAUUGUAUAAGGCUCAGUCUCCAGAUGAGGGGGCACUGGUAAUGGCUGCACGUAACUUUGGCUUUGUGUUUCGCUCUCGCACACCGGGGACAGUCACCACACAAGAGCUCGGCAAAGAGGUCACAUACACACUCCUCGCCAUCCUGGACUUCAAUAACAUCCGAAAAAGAAUGUCUGUCAUAGUGAGGAAUCCAGUGGGUCGCAUCCGUCUGUACUGUAAAGGGGCAGACACUGUGCUUUUCGAGAGGCUUCACUCUUGCAACCAGGAGCUGACAAAUAUCACUUCAGAUCAUCUUAAUGAGUAUGCGGUUGACGGGUUGCGGACACUUGCUGUGGCAUAUCGGGAUCUGUCUGAGGAGCAGUGGGAGGAGUGGGCGGAGCAUUACCGUGGCGCUGAUAAAUCCACAGACUGCCGGGAGGACCGGCUGGCUGCUGCCUAUGAGGAGAUCGAACAGGACAUGAUGUUGCUAGGGGCCACAGCUAUAGAAGAUAAACUGCAGGAGGGGGUUCCUGAGACCAUUGCCAUUCUCUCAUUGGCUAAUAUUAAGAUCUGGGUGCUGACUGGAGACAAGCAGGAGACUGCAGUGAAUAUUGGUUAUUCCUGUAAAAUGCUGACAGAAGAUAUGACAGAGAUCUUUAUUGUUAAUGGACACACUGUACAAAGUGUGCGGGAGGAACUGAGAAAAGCAAGAGAGCGAAUGUUGGAGUCAGCACGCACCAGAGACGAAGGGAAGGAGGCUGAAGCUCAGGGGUGGGGUGGUGCGUGUGCUCUUGGAAAUGGCUUUGGAGGUGGUGGUGCUGCUAACUGUAUGCCUGACGAGGCCAAAUGUCCCCCUCCUCAGGCCCCGCCUUCCUCCUUGCUGGAGUCAAUCAAUGGAGAGUUUGCCCUCAUCAUCAGUGGACACAGCUUGGCUCAUGCAUUGGAAGCGGAUAUGGAGCGUGAAUUUUUGGAGACUGCUUGUGCUUGUCGAGCAGUAAUUUGCUGCAGAGUGACUCCUCUUCAGAAAGCUCUGGUGGUAGAGCUGGUUAAACGCCGUAAGAAGGCCGUCACACUUGCCAUCGGAGAUGGAGCCAAUGAUGUCAGCAUGAUAAAGACGGCUCAUAUUGGUGUGGGCAUCAGCGGUCAGGAGGGGAUCCAGGCCGUGCUGUCAUCAGAUUACUCUUUUUCCCAGUUCCGCUUCCUGCAGCGACUUUUGCUGGUGCAUGGACGUUGGUCCUACCUUCGCAUGUGCCGUUUUCUCUGUUACUUCUUCUACAAGAACUUUGCCUUCACUAUGGUGCACUUUUGGUUCGGAUUCUUCUGUGGAUUCUCAGCACAGACUGUCUAUGACCAGUAUUUCAUCACUCUCUACAAUAUUGUGUACACAUCCCUGCCUGUGUUAGCAAUGGGCAUCUUUGAUCAGGAUGUUCCGGAACAGAGAAGUCUAGAGUAUCCAAAGCUGUAUGAGCCAGGCCAGCUGAACCUGCUGUUUAACAAACGAGAGUUCUUCAUCUGCAUCGCACAAGGAAUCUACACCUCAGUUGUUCUGUUCUUCAUUCCAUAUGGCGUUCUCUCUCAUGCCACACAGAGUAAUGGUGUUCCCUUGGCAGACUACCAGACCUUUGCUGUAACUACAGCAACAGCCCUUGUCAUAGUCGUCAGCGUACAAAUUGCUCUGGACACGGGUUAUUGGACAGCUAUAAAUCACUUCUUUAUAUGGGGCUCUUUGGGUACCUAUUUCACUAUCCUUUUUGCUAUGCACUCCAGCAUCCUGUUCAACAUCUUCCCCAAGCAGUUCCAUUUCCUUGGGAGUGCACACAACACACUAGGGCAGCCGGUGGUGUGGUUAACUAUUGCUCUGGCUACGAUCAUCUGUAUUGCUCCAGUCCUCGCCUUCCGCUUCCUCAAACUGGACCUAAAACCACAGCUUUCAGAUACUGUGCGCUACACUCAACUGGUGCGGCAGAAGAAGAGGAAGCCCGGUGGACGUGCAGGCCAUGGAGUGGGUGGGGCUGGAGCAGCUGGUGGCAGUGCUCUGGGUCGUCUGGGGAGAGGCGGCUCUCGACGCUCUGGUUAUGCGUUUGCACAUCAGGAAGGCUUUGGCGAGCUGAUCACGUCGGGAAAGAAUAUGCGCCUGAGCUCAUUGGCUCUCGCCACGUUUGCCUCCCGCCACAGCAGUAGCUGGAUUGACAGUCUUCGCAAGAAAAAACAUGCAAGCAGUAGUGGUGCACAGAAUACCCUGACAACUGAAGAUGGCAGUAAUGUCUCCUCUCAAACCACACUUGUUUCCAAUUCCUCCUCAGUGAUUGGUCCUCAGGGCACAACCCCAUGGGAGACACGACAACCAUGUAAUGAAACUGGCCUCACUUGCAGCCUUGAUGACAUUUCUCUCAAUAUGGUUAGGUGUACAGAAAGAGAGGCUGGAGGAUGUAGUGCUGGAACUGUGCAGGAAACUUUGUUUGUGUGGAGGGGACCUGGAUCCCGAAUAAGUGGGACCAGCAGCCCUGUACCGCCCCCCAUUGCAGAGGAAACGUCUAGUGGCGAUUGAGAAAAGGUGACUAAAGGUGGAUCAACCAAAUGGAAUCCUUUAUGUGGAUGCUUCCACCUUCUGGUGUUUGUUUGGUCAUGUUUCUGUGUGAGAAGAUGACCAGUGAAGACGGCACCUAAAUGCUUGGGAGUAAAGACAUGCUCAAAUUAAAAUACAUACAAAAAUAAAAAAAAAUCCCGAUUCAGUGGACAAACUGUGCAUACAGGCAAUACAAAGAGGGUUGUUUGUUGUCACAUUCCCCUGUAUUGUAUACAUUCUCUCAUAUCUUGUCAGUAAGGAGAAUUAUCUGAGGUUAUUUGAGCUAUUUAUGGCUGAAAGAGAAUUUUCUGUUCUAGCCAACUUGUUCAAACAACAAACUACUAAACAUGACAGGGGUGAUAAUACCACAUACCUCCCUGUCCAUGUAGCUGAUGUUAAUUGACCUCAUAUGCAAAAUGAUAUUUUCGGUUAAAUUUACAUUUUUUUCAUUUAUAUGUGUACAUUUAUACUCAUUUAUUUUUUAUUUUGAAUAGAAAGCAAGAAAAAAGAAAACAAAGAUCCCAAAUUCAUUACAGUACAUAAAAUUAUAGCCUUUUUUGCCUCAUAUUUUUCCUUAAAUUUGCCCUUAAAAUGCCCUACAGUAUCAUACUCAGUCAAUAUUUAGUAUUCUUAACUUAAAAUGUAGAGUUAGAAUAACUGCCCUGGAUUAUCUUGUUGUGUUAACUCAAUUAUCCAAGUUUUUGUUGGACAAACUUGUGAUAAGUUAUUGAACUUAGAAAAACAAUUUAGCUGAAUUAAAAAUAUAAGUCAAGAGAACUACGUACAUCACGCUCAGAUAUCUGGAUUCCCAGCAUGCACUGCGGCAUGAAUAAAUUAUGCAAAUAACAUCAUUACUGUCAUAAUUUUAUUUACAUUUUUACUGUUUCCAGCUUUUAUUUUUGCUGUUGGUUUUUGUGUUUGUUGUCACUUUCAAUAAUUUGUCAUUCAAAGCUCAUCUUUUUGCUCAAUGUGUUUGAUGAUUGAUCACCAUCAUUGUGAUUUGCAUGUAAAGUGUUGAGCCUCAUGCAUGUCUCCUUGACAAGCUUAAGUUUAAAUAUGAUAGAGGGAUCAGAUGUUGGUCUCUGAUUAUGAGCUGGUCAUUUACCAUCAAAUGGCAGUUUAUUGAGAAUUGGAAAGCCCUAACUACUUCUACAGAUAUCAAUAAUAUUAAAAGCUAAUUGAAUUCUGUAUUUGGUUUGAAUGAAUUUGAAUGAAGUGGAUUGAACUUAGACAGUCAAGUCUGUUUUACUUAAAAGGACAUUAAGCCCAUUUAACAAGUUAUAUUGAUUUAAGUCAACUUUAUAUUGUUUAUAUAACUUUCUUAAGUUGACACAACUUAAAAUUGUAAAGCAGAACAAACACUUUUUUAAGUUAAAACAAAUUUUUUUGUGUGUGUGUAUUUUAUAUUCUUCUUUUGAAAUCUCAGUCAGGUCAAUGGAUUUCUUUAUCUACAGUACAUAUGACAAGCAUUUUUAUUAUUUUUUUAAUCUCUAUGUCACCCUUUCUCUAAUGAUGUUAAGAUCUUUUUCAGCAUAUUCUGCAUAUUGAGUCAAAAUACUUCUUUUUAUCUGUUUGAUGCUCAGCAGUUGUUUAGCCUGUUGACUUUUUCUUUAAUGAUAAUCUCUCUUCGUGCUGAUACAUGAUGAUAAUAUAUGGAAUGGUCAGCCAAGAAGUGAAUAUUCCCAUGUGCUGUGGGCCUGUUUGAUAUCGAACCCAGUAUAUUACGUGUAAACUCCAACUUCAGGCUCCUUAGCAGAUUCGCUGUUCUUCCCACUGUUGAGAAUAGCACUAAAGAAAAACACUAUCGUUCUCAGUGAGAACAUGACUCUACCCAACUGGAUGAAACCCUUCUUUCGUCAUCCCUCUCUUUUCACCAUAUUGGUGCUCCGCUUGACCGUUUGUCUUGAUUACAAGCUGGUUGACUGGAAGUCCAAUGAGUUCAAACCUGAAACUGCUCAGCUGAAUCUUAGAGGGACUAGACAUUUGGUCUGCAGUGGUGCAGUGAUCCAAUGAACAGAGAAAUGAGUGUGUUUGGACUUUUUGUGAAGUUGAAAUUUUUUUUACAUAAGUUACCAAAUGGAUUCCACCUUGACUGUCUUCAUUUUAAUGUGGCCUUCACCAGUAUUUUAAUUUAUUUUGCGUGUAUUUUAUUGUGAAUGAGAGAGACUGACCAAGAGAGCCAAUGAAGACAUUUGAAAAGCUAAUUAACUCAUUGUUACUUGCCAUGCGCUCUAAUAGUUAGACCUAGCUCUUAUACUGUGCAAAAGCGGUAACAAUUAUAUGCCUUAAAAUGUCUCAGUGUUAUUUUUUUAAAUGUGUACAUAUUUCCAUUCACCGCAUAAAAGUAUAUUGCAAUAAGAGAUUUAAAGUCAUCUCAAAAUGUUAUGGGUGUCUCUUACAGUUUCUGUCAGCCAAAUUAAUGGUAAAGUCCUGUGUUGUAAACAGUGGGUGACCCUGCUGUUGUGACUGGGCCAAAUGAAAAUGGAAAUAUAUAAUUAAAUGAUUUUAAUCAAACUGUGUCUUCAUUGUGUAGGCCUUCACGAAUGAAUGUA